AUGGACUCAGCAACCCCCCCUCGCCUCUACUUCGCCUACGGCUCCAACCUGUCCCCAACACAAAUGUCCCACCGCUGUCCAUCCGCUACCCCGGUCGGCCUAGCCCACCUCCCAAACUACACCUUCAUCAUCAACUCCCGCCGCUACGCCAACGUCGUCCGCAACGACGCCGCCGCCGCCGCCCCGCUCCCCACACCCACCUCGGCACCGGGCGUCUACGGCGUCCUCUACACCCUCCCGCCCGAUGACGAAGCCGUCCUCGACAGAUGCGAGGGCGUCCCGCACGCCUACCAAAAACAACAUCUCACCGUCAACGUCGUCACCGCUACCACGGCAGGCACCGCCGUCAAUCUAGAAACGGGCAGCAAGGUCACGGCCCUCGUCUACGUCGACACCGAGAGGACCGAACCCUCGACGCCGUGGGACGAGUACGUCGACCGGAUGAACCGCGGCGUCGACGAGGCGACGGAGCUCUUUGGACUGCCACAGGCGUACGUCGACCAGGUCAUUCGGCCGUACAUUACGGCUCCUCCUCCUCCUUCUUUUCGUCCGGGGGCGUCCGGCGUGGGGGCCCAGGACAUUGAGGAUCCCUUUCUCAAACGUGUCUGA